GGGACAAGCUAAAUGGGCCGGAAAAUGGGCCCAACUCCGGCUAAAACCUCAAAAAAAAAAAUUCGAGGAGGGCGAGAGGUAUCAUCCAGUUGCACACCGAAAAUGGCGGCGGCGGCGGAGAGCAAGGCGGGGAAAUCGCCGGAGGAGCUCCUCUGCGCGGCGGCGGAGUCCGGUGACGCGGAGGCCAUCACCGGGCUCCUCGCCGAAGGCGCCGACCCGACCCACUUCGAUGCCUCCGGGUUGACCCCGCUGAUGCACGCGGCCACCGGUGGCCACGCCGCCGUCGUGCAGCUUCUCCUCGACGCCGGCGCGCCAUGGAACGCGCUCUCCCCCACGGGGAUCUCCGCGGGAGACCUCGCCUCCGAUUCCGCCACCUUCGACCUCCUCCUCGACCACGCCCUCCGCUCCGAGCUCGUCCUCGGCACCGUCGCUCGCCGCCAAGCGGGGCCCGCGGACUCCCCCGCCGAGAGCUACCUCGAAUCCAGGGUUUCAUUCAGCGAGGAGAGGGUGAUGGACGCGGAUAGCAAGGCCGUGAUGAUGGAGUGGGAGCGGCCGCUGAUGGAGGCGCACGCGCGGGCGGUGUGCUCCGGCGGCAAGGUGCUCAACGUGGGAUUCGGGAUGGGGCUCGUGGACACGGCGAUCCAGAGGUACGAGCCCGAGGAGCACACCAUCGUCGAGGCCCACCCGGAGGUGUACGCCCGGAUGCUCAAGCUCGGCUGGGGCGAGAAGAAGAAUGUCAAGGUCGUGUUCGGACGGUGGCAGGACGUGCUCCCGCAGCUCGGCUCUUAUGAUGGUAUAUUCUUCGACACCUAUGGAGAAUACUACGAGGAUAUGAGAGAGUUCCACCAACAUCUUCCUAAGCUAUUGAAGCCUGGAGGGAUCUACUCGUAUUUCAAUGGCCUCUGUGGCGAUAAUGCCUUCUUCCACGUUGUGUAUUGCCAGCUCGUAGCGUUAGAGUUGGCAAAUCUUGGCUACUCGACACAGUUCAUCCCGCUCCCAGUCAAAGAUUGUCUUUCAGAGGAAAUAUGGAAUGGGGUGAAGCAGAAAUACUGGCAAUUGGAUACUUACCACCUCCCAGUUUGCCAAGCAGAAUCAGAACCGGAGCAAUAAUCCAAUGGAUUGUCAGCAAAUUGUGCUAAGCGUCAAUGGCCAGCAAAUUGUGCUAAGCGUCAAUGGCUGGCUGCUUUGGCUGCUGCUACGUUUGUUCAAGCGUGUUUCUGAAUUCCAUACACCAUCUCCGGAGCUGGAACUUCCAUCGGGCAUGUGACGUUUCCACUGCAAUCGACUACUAAUCUACUCCUGUAGAUGCUUAUCGGCUGUGGCCUGUAGCCAAUGAAAGAGAACUUUCACCGAAACUUUGUUUUCUUGGCAGUGAUGUUACAAUUUUGUUAGGUCUGCGAAUGCUGCUGUUUUUUUUUCUUUUUUUCGUUCCAAGCCGCCCGUGUCGUUGUUCUGGAAAGGCGGGAACAACACCUAGCUUUCCCAGUUUUUUUUCUCAAUGUUCUGGACGCGGUUCUCUUCUUUUCUGCAGCAAACAAGGAUAGUUCGAACUCGUUACUCCUA